AUGCCUCCAGCAAAAGCAACUAAGACGGAGCGUACACACGAAGAGAACCAGGAGAGGGCAUACAUUGCCGCUUCGAGGAGGGGUGAUCGAAGUAUCGAAGCGCGUAUUGAAUCAGCACGCCGAGCUUCUGAAAUUCACAAGCGCCGAACCGGACGCUCUCUGAAGGUCACCGAGCAAGAUGUGAUCAAUGAGGAAAUGUACGAGGAGGAAGAUGAUGGCCUACCCGCACGGUACCGAAGGCUUACUGCCCAUCUUCAGACAAGUUCUCUCGACUUUAACAAGAAGUUAUCGGCAUAUUUGACCAACCAUGUGGCAAUGAGGAGCGCUGCCGAGCAAGCUAUUCACAGUUCUUAUGCACAACAACACCCAGGAGUGCCACAACAACAUACUUACAACCCAACAUUUCAACCUCCAAUUGUUGCUCACCAGUACCAGCAACAGCAGCAACAAAUGAGGCAUCCGUCACAAAGCCCUUCCAAUUAUCGACAAACCCCAUAUCCUACUCCACGACCACAACAAAAUACACUCUCAGGCCAAUAUAGUCAGCACCAACCGGCAUCGAUAUCGUCCACCGAGGGCCUCCCUACACUUUCGAAAAGCAGUCCUGUGACAUCUGAAAGCCACAAUCAACCAAUGCCGCUGCAGUCCGUCCCUGCUAGAGCUCCCUCACAAGUCGAAAGCCCAAUACCAUUUUCAUCGUCAACCACUAGGCUGAAAACAUAUCCCUCAUUCCCAACCGGCAGUUUUGCAACCUUACUCCCAAAGACUCAAGUGUCUACUCCGCCAGACGAUAUAUGUAUCUAUGGUCAAUGCAACCUUUCCCCGGUUAACACCGCCCAACCACCCGAGUCUGAAAAGUUGUUCUCCACACUCGAUUUUAACGACCCGCUCACGAGUAUGAUGAUGGGUGGCAGCGAUUCUUCUGGUACAUAUUACAACUUCUAUACUCCGCUCCCAAAUAACACUGAGAUUGGCAAACACCAAUCAUAUCCCAGCUGGGUUGGCUUCACCUCGCCAAUUGCUCCUUCUGACUAUGGCCUGAUGACUCAGUCUUUAGAGGACUUUGGUCAGAACUAUACCGUCUUUGACGGUGCUUUCAAGGGCCAGGCACUUGGUUGUACUCCGGGCGCCACUGCCGAAAACUGGAACAACUUGGUCGAUUGGGGUGCCUGCAAUCCCUCCCCUUUCUAA